CGGCCACGUGACCUGAGUCCAGCUGACGGGAGACGUCACACAGCUAAGAGACGGUUUCACCUCAAAUAUCCUGUGCUACCAGAGCUAGCCUGUGCUACCAGAGCUAGCCUGUGCUACCAGAGCUAGCCUGUGCUAACAGAGCUAGCCUGUGCUACCAGAGCUAGCCUGUGCUACCAGAGCUAGCCUGUGCUAACAGAGCUAGCCUGUGCUAACAGAGCUAACAGGAUUAAACACCUGUGGAGAGGGAGAUGACGUCACACUGACGUCACUUCACUGCGUCACCUGAAAAGGAUGCUCCAGGGGCCGUACGGCAGCCUGGACCGGGACCGGGACCGCCCCCUCAUCCGGCUCCCUUUCACCAGCUUCGCUGUGGGGACGGUGCUGCUCCCUCUGACCGGCUUCAUCGCCUGCAUCUUCAUUUCACUCGUGUACCACUUUGAGGACGCGACAUACACACACUGUCAUGUGUCAAACUACCUCCCGUCCAUCAGCGCCGCUAUCAGCCGCGUUCCGGAGCGUUACAUCUGGCGCUGCUGCGUCGGACUGCACUCGGCGCCGCGCUACCUGGUGUCCGCCGCUUAUUUCAGCUUCUACCGCGGACGCUUCGCCAAGAGGCUGCCGGAGCUGCUGCUGAGCGGGCUGGCUCUCCUCUGCAGCCUCGCAGAAAACACCGGCCUGCUGCUGCUCACAUACGUGUCGUCCACCGAAACCUACAGUGUUCAUAAACACGGUUUCAUCGUGUUCAUCGUGAGCUCGCUGCUGCACAUGCUCAUUACGUGCCGCCUGUGGCAGGUGAUCAGGAGACACUAUGAGAACCCAGAGGAGAAGACGUCAUUUCGCUGGAAGCUGCGUCUCUUCCUGUUUAACGUCAGCUGUUGUCUGGCCGCCGCAUACUUCUUCAGACGCCACAACAAGUACUGUGAAACGGGAGUCUACACCCUGUUCGCCCUCUCCGAAUACCUGGUGGUUUUCUCCAACAUGGCGUUCCACAUGACGGCCUUCUGGGACUUCGGGUGCAAAGAGGUGAUCGUGGCCACGCCCCCCGAGGACAAACGGUUCUGAGCGGCGACCUCGCCUGUGGACUGUUUUCUUGAGAACAGGUGAAGGAACUCUUUAAAGGCGCCGUGCAGCCUCCUGAACGUUACGAUAUAGUGAUGUCAGAGAAUAAACGUUUUUUAUUCUUCCAGCAACCCGUGAGUUCUUCAAACUUCUGGGGAAGAGUCGUGACGUCGUGUUGGUGAUACGUUUAAAGUUUUAAUCAUCUUUAGCAAGAUUUGAAGGGAUUUUUUUUUUUUAAAUCCUGUACUGCGUCUAUAAAAACACAGACUGUAUAUAAGGAGUGGACGUAGUCGUCGUGACGUCACUCAUUGGUUUGAGGACUGACGUUUUUAAGCCUCGAGUUCGGGAUUUCGCCGUCGGCGUGUUUUUUUUGCAACCAGUGAACAGGAAGUGACCAUAUCUGGACUGAGGAGGAGUGACGUAGAGACGCCGUAUACGUCUCUGGUGUCGACCUGUCAAUCAUUGUGCAGCCCCGCCCUAAAGCAUCCCCUGCUUUAUGGUCUGUUUGACUCUAAAUGGAGCAUCAUUUACUAAAUGAACAUCAUGCUGUAUUGAAGAAGACUUGAAACUAGAGAUUGAGACCAUAAACUCAUGUUUACAAUGUUUACUGAGGGAAUAAAUCAAGAGAGAAGUAGAGUCAUUUUCUCAUAGACUUCUAUACAACCAGAGGAGUCGCCCCCUGGUGGACAGCAGAGAGAAUGCAGCUUUAAGACAUGAAGCACUGACUUCACUUUAAAGAAGCAGAGGUUGCCGUCUGGUCUAAAACUAUUAUGUUUAAUGUUGUGUGACCACAAAAGCCUUAUAAAAAAAAAUGUAUUAAGAACUAUUGGUGAAAGAAUAUGAAAUUAGAUGUUCAUUUUGGUGCCAAAGUUUGAUUCCUGGUUCUGCAGUCAGAAUUCAGUCUGUAAAAAGAGUACAGAUUAUUCAGCUCUAUUUUAGGGUCAGCUUUAUCAUUUCUUUUUUUCUUUUUCAUUUCACAGCAAAUUUACCACAGCAUUUAGAGCCUGAGCUGGUUAGCAAUGCCAGCCCCAAGUGCAAUCAAACAAUGUGCGUUAAACUGGAUAAAAAGUCAGUUUAUAAAAGCUUCUGUCAGACGCUGCACAAAGAGACAGGCGAACAAAUGAAACGCAGCUUUACAUUGAUUAAAAUUACAGAUUUGUCAGGUUUAAAAUUGUGGAAACAUUUGGGAUAAUGUAAGUACACAACUACACAACAUAUAUAACAAAGUUCUUGUCGUUUUAGACGUUUUAAUAUUAUUGUAAUGUUAUCCCUUUUAAAAAGGUUAAAUUAAGAUCUUAAAGUCGGUCAAAUGGUGAUGAAACUGCAUGAAAAGGUUUAACAGAAGGAGGACGAACAGAAAGAUUAGCAAACAACAAAAAUUUAAAGUGCACAACAAAAACUUUUCAGGAGAAAAACUAAAGGAAAUUUUGAUUUUGUUUGUUGGAAAUAAAGAAGGGAUUUCAGUAUGUGUGCUGACUCUAUGAGCUUGAUUUAGGAUCAAAAGUUUGACAUUCAUUCCCAACAAUUUUUCUUUAUUCUCAAAUGUAUUCCCAAAAUGUCAAACAAAUCUUCUUUUUGCACUAAAACGGAAAGUUCUAACUUUAUUGUCAACAUUUAGACUUUAUUCUCUAAACUUUAUUCUCUCCCAUAAAAAUGUAAAUGACUGAAAUUUAACUAAAAUGAAUCUUUGUUUUCUUUAAAAGACUAAAACUAAUUCAGAAUCUGGUGCCAAAGUGAACACUGUAGUAAGCUGGAGAUGAUUUGUAGAGCUACGGUUAAUAACUAACAUAACACAUCCUGCAUGUGUUUCAAAAUAAAUGCAUUUGAAAGUAAAGGUCUUUUAUUGUGAUGUGACCUAAAAAGGUGCUAGUGAGGUAAUCUCACAAUCAGCUGACUUGUCACUUUGUUGGUUAAAUAAAAAAUAGAUUUUACAGGAAAAAUAACCUUUUUUUUCUUCUGUUGUAAGUUUUAUCAAACGUGGAGCUAAAAAUACACCGUUUGUUGUGAAAGUGGAAGUAACGAAAAUUUCCAUUGUUACGAAAGUCAAGAGUUUAUUUUGUACGGUGGCCUUAUGGGGACAUCUCAGUCUCAUAUGAGUCAUGUGGUUUUCACUACAGCAGAAUCAAGCACAUUCAUAUAGUCAUAUAAACGAUGUAAUGUGUUUCCAUGAUUAUUUGAUAAUAAAAACAAUAACUACG